UUGAACCCGCGCGUCCUCGCACCUCUCGCCCACCUGUCGUGAUCAUGUUUGCAGUUACACUCCUGAGCUACGUGCUGUUGGCCACCACCGCUGUGGCCGCCCCCAGAGGGAGUGGCCUGGCCGGUCGUAUCGCACGUCGUCGUGCGGGUUCCCACCUCUCGCAGCCCUUGAAAGCCGUCGAGCACUCUGCGGACACCGGAGUCACCAACGUGGAGUACAGCUCCAACUGGGCUGGUGCUGCCUAUGCAGAGUCUUCGGGUACCUUCACCGCCGUCACGGGCGAGUUCACCGUCCCUACUCCCAGUGUGCCCAGUGGCAGUAGCGGAGGCUCAUACUCCGCGGCGGCUUGGGUCGGCAUUGAUGGCGACACGUGCGAUAACGCUAUACUUCAGACGGGUGUUGACUUCACGGUCGACGAGUCUGGCUCUACCUCUUUUGAUGCUUGGUAUGAAUGGUACCCGGAUUACGCCUACGACUUCUCAGGCAUCAGCAUCAGCGCUGGAGACGUGAUCAAAGCCACCGUCACCGCGAGCAGCACGACAUCCGGCACUGCAGUCAUCGAGAACUUGACGACGGGACAAACGGUGACCGAGGACCUGACUUCAUCGUACGCGCUGUGCGAGGAGAACGCGGAGUGGAUCGUCGAGGACUAUGAGGAGGGCGAUUCGCUCGUCGCCUUCGCCGACUUUGGCACCGUCACGUUCACUAACGCUGUCGCGACCGAGGCUUCCGGCAGCACCGUCGGUCCCGAUGAUGCGACGCUCAUCGAUAUCGAGCAGAACAACAAAGUGUUGACCUCUGUCUCGGUGAGCUCCUCCGAGGUCGUCGUCACAUACGAGUGAGAUGGCAAGGUGGUGGCUUCAAGGGAAUGAAGUGUUCGGCAGGGUAUGCAUCGGUAGAAAGUGUAUGAUUAAAAUGUUUUGAAGAGGGUAGCUUUGGAUAUGGAGC